CUUCAACCAAAAACCAAAACAAAUUCUGGGCAAUUUCGUAAAUUUACGUUUUUAUCAACUGAAAUCCUUUCAAUCCUUUCAAAAUGCACCGCUCCCAUCCAAGUAUCAGUCGCCGCAAGCACCUGAUGAAGGAGAUGAUGGAGGACGACUAUGCCCUGCCUACGGAGCAGCAGCAGAUUGUGCGGGUGGUCAGCAGCCGGGGAAACAAUCUCCACGAGGUGGAAACGGCCAAAAAAGAGGCGGAGGAGAACUUUCUAGUUUCCAUGCCCAACAAAUUUCGCAAAAGUAUGUGGGUUAAACGAGGCGAUUUCCUGCUCAUCGAACCCAUCGAAGAGGGCGACAAGGUCAAGGCCGAAAUCUGUAAGAUCCUCACCAACGACCAUGUCAAGGAAUACACCAAAGCUGGCAUUUGGCCAGAAAAAUUCGCCAAGAAACCCGCCCAGGAGGAGGAGCUACCUAGUCAGAAUCAAGAGGAUUCCGAUUUCGAGGAUGACCUUACGCCCAACACAAAUCGUCCGCAGGAAUCCUCUGAAGAGGAGGAGGAGGACGAGGACACGUCCAGCGAUGAAGACUGACAUUCCUUAGGUUACACAAAUUCUGUAGUUUAGGGACUUUUUAAACAUUUGUUAAGCUUAAUUCACACAAAUUAAACAACAGAAAACGUUCUUUGUAGUUGCUGCUGCUAAACUAAGUUGUUAAUUUUUGUAAAAGAGAUUGUUAAGAGGGCAAAUUCGAAGUUAAAGGUUCAUUUUAACUUG